CACUUUUUCGAUUCGGUAUUUUUCAGUUCAAUCUUCAAUAUAUAGGUUUUUUUUGGGAACACUUACCAUUGCCCCGUUUGACGCCUCCUCUAACGGUUUUUCACGCCGCGCACGCAGAGAGAAGAGGAACGAGUUCAGAGAGGAGCGGCCGGCGUCCAGGGCGCUAGCUUCACAGGCGCGAGUCGCACUUCAGGCUGGGCCCAAUCUGAGUUUGUUUCCGAACAGUAAUCAACCGAAUACAAGAAAGAAAUGCAACCGGAGAUCAAAACGACAACCGGGUCCCACCAUGGUUCCUCAACCCACACACCGACCCCAAGCUGGUGCUAAUGUCACUCGACCUAAUCAACGCAGCCGCUUUGCUGCCACUGGGCUCAUUGAUGCUGAUCAUGUUCCUCCUUUACUGGAGAUUGCUUAUGCUUAUCCGUUACACACUGUCCCCAGUCGUGACGUAAACACCUAUGUCCCUGACAGCCAAAUGAUGUUCCACGUGCUUGGCCUCUGCGAUCAAUUGAUGGUCUCUACCGCUCGCUUCACGCAGGGCUGUCCUCCAUGGCUCCCUGUAGUUUCACAGCUUUACACCUCAAUCCUCUGGAUCACCCACAUCCUCAAGGUUCAAGUGAAUGCAGGUUACGGAUUUCACUUCCGCGCCCUGUUGGACGAUCUCUUCGCCCUUCAGCUGGAUCAAUGCAUGAUCCCCGGACCCUUGGUCCCAUUCUUUCAGUCCGUGACCGCGGUCCACGGUCCCCACCCAUGGAUUGGAGACAUUACACCAAUUCUCCCGCCCUAUGUCCACCUCUGGGAACCUAACCAACAGAGCAUCGGCGAGAACUUUUCUCACCAAGUGCCCUUCCCGGCUCUCAUGCUUGACCAGCUCUUCUUGUUCGCGACCGCUCAGGCUGAUGAUCCAGAAGAAUCUCUCUACCAGACCUUCAAGUGGUACAACAACACAUUCGCUCUUGAUUUUGGUAAGAGCCCGCGUUCGUACUACCUUGGUCCACAGAUGUGCUGUUCACCUUAUGUCAGCCAGAGAAAGUUCGACGCUGCUCGACGCUUCUGGUCUCAACACAUCCGCACAUAUGCCCGCACUGAUCUGAGUCGAGGCAGCCUCCCUUUGGAUAGCUAUCACAAAUUCCUUGGCUUAAAGACACAGCGCGGUGCCCCUCAAACUUCUUGGUUUUCGCAGGUAUCGCAAGCCAUGCAAGUCUACUGCCAGUACUUCUCUGAGUCUACUGCACUUGCCUCCAUCUCAACCACAGGAACCGGCGCCAGCGCUGUCUUUGGCAAACCCAUCGCAGACAAUGCUGUAUCCGGAUGGCUUCACCCAAACGACGAUCAUCUCAUUGGUUUCCCUUCCACAAGGACAACUCCACUUCGCGCCAUGCCCGAUGAACUUGUGAUGUGCUUCCAACACUCCCACCAUGGGAUCGACGAACGGGCCGAAACCUAUGCUAUUGUCUCACACACUAACAUCGACUGGGCUGGGAUUCGCCGCGGUGCGCCCCACAGGGUCGAUAUUCAGCAGCGACGUCUCAACCGCUCUGGCGGCUACUGGGACCGUGAUCCUCAUCGCUUUAGCGGUCCAGUUUCUCUGGCCAACCAGUACAACCAGUGCAUUGUUUCUGUCUACCACCGCCAGUAAAGCAAUCAAGAUGAAAACUGAUCGAGCUAUAGGGGUGGAUAGAAAAUAGGAAAAGUUUGAAAUUGAGUCUUUGAAUUCCCGGUUUCACUCGAGAGUUUUAACUCCAUUCAUCCAAUACAAAAUGAAACAUGUGUAAUCAAUAAUAAUCAUUUUU